CCCAGUGAGGUCUACGGCAAUGGUUAAAGAGUCUGCCCACACUGAUUAUGCCAUUUCUUUUGAUUUUGAAAUAAGAUAUAUUUCAUGCUAGAAGAUUUAAAUUGUUUAUGACCAAUGUACGUAUACAAUUAAUUUAAAUUAAAGGUGUAAAUCUUACUAUUCUUUAUUUCUUUUUAGAUGAACAUAACACCAAAUUAAGUAACAUAUUGAUGCUGUCAGCAAUGUUAUUUAACCCGAUGGAAUGUAAGUAAUAAAUCUCUGUUUCAUGCUGAUUCCUUUAAUUGGUUGGUCAUUUUUUGCAGAAUAUUUAAAUAGGCAAUUCCGCGGAUGAUCCCUUUCUUUGAUGUCCAAAAUAUCUCGAACCAGAGUUAAAGCGUUUCGUAAAGGUUGCUUCAUUUAUCAGAAAGACGGUUUACAAUAAGCGUGCCUUGACAUUUACAUGUGCCGAAUAUAGAUUUAAUAUAACUGAAAUUGGCUUCAGAAAUAACACUCCAGAGCGCUGGUUGAUAUAUAUACAACUGUAUAUAUAUUUCAAUUAUGGACACGAAUAACACCUCAAUACACGUAAUGUUCAACAUUUCUAGUUGUGAUGGAGUUUUUCUCUCUCUUAAUGGACACUGCGUUUAUUGGCAAGAUGUGGCAAUCAAUGCUUUCAUAUUUUUACUCGGAUUUUGCAUCAUUGCAACUAACUUUUGGAUUGUGUGGAUUUUGUUUUCUAGGAUCAAGGAUGAGGACAACUCGUUGUUUAUCAUUCAGAAUCUCGCGGUUGCUGAUACAUUUACCGGCUUCAUCGUCAUUUAUGACUCAAUUUACAACGUCAUGCAAUUUUCAGUGUACGUCGAAUGCGUUUUAAGAAUAGGUCUGUUUAUUUCAUGUAGUUUAGCAUCUGUGUUUAUAAUCACAGUGCUGACACUAGAAAGACUUAUUAAAAUCAGCAAUUCAUACACAUAUCGGAAAUACAUCAGCAUUAAGCGAACCAGAAUCGGUCUUAUAAUUGUAUGGAUGACGUCACUGGUUGUUGGACUGCUACCAUUCUUCGGAUGGAGUUCUAAGAAUGUCCUCUACCUAUGCAGCUUUUUUCGUACAAUGUCAAAAUCUUAUAUUAUCUUUGUACUGACCAUCCAUGUGACACCUUUUCUCUGCACACUGUGUGCGUACCUGUGGAUGGUUACCGUCGUACGUCGUCACGUGAUCGCCAUCAGACACACCCGGGGCACUGGGAGAGGACGGAACAGAAGAGGGUCCAUAUCGCGAGCUGUUAUGACCACACUGAUAGUUGUGGGAGUUUAUUUCCUGUGCUGGGCACCAAUUGGGUUGUUCACAAUCUUAGUUCUGGUGUUUGAGUUGGACAGACACCUGACAGGUAACUGGUCAGCUGACGUCGUAUUCACCUACCUUUUGAUCCUGGCUGUCAUCAAUUGUCUCUGCAAUCCGCUCAUAUACGCCUUCAAACUGGACAUCGUCCGGAGACAAUUCCGAUCGUCUUUUUUGUUUCGAUGUUUUGCGAGUUGUCGCCGUAAUUCAGGGCAGUUUCAGUAGAAUUUUGUUAAUCAUCUUAUCACGUACGUAUAAGGAGUCUUUUGUCAAAAAAGCGUUUCAUUGUCAUGAUUACAAUAAGUCAAGAAAUUUUAGACUUACCACAUUUACAUGCAUAAUAGAAACACAUGCGUCAUAUGAAAUGGACAACGUUUUUUUAAAGCCUUUUUAGAAAAUAAUUUUUAAUUAUAUCUUCAUGUGACUUUCUUUAAUGACUUUCCAUGUAUAUCGUUUUAAUAUUUUCAUUCUUAUUAAAUGUCUUUUCCCGGGAGAAGUAUGUUUAAUGUUUAAAACAUGAUUGAAUUGAAUGACUUUAUCGAAUUAAAUACUUGUAAAAAAAAAUGUAUUCAGUGUCGUAUGUGGUCUCUGAGUUGGCAUCAAUUGGGAAUUUUAUUUUGCCGAGGGAUUUUAAAACUUCACCAAACUUCAUUUUUUAGUUUAUAUAAGAAUCUAAGAUCGUGGAACGGUUUUUUCUAAGUAGGAAUACCAUCCCUAUCCACUGACUAAAUGGGGGAGGGGUCAAAGUUCAAUAUCAUUGUGAAUCUUAUAGGUCAGCAUCUUCGCUAGCAGAGAUGAUAGGUCAGUCAAAUAAGUUUCUUCAAGACCUUAAUAGUUAUACAUGUAAUAAAAAUUAAUGGUAAAAAUAAAGACGUUUCAUUUUUAAAUUAAGGAUCAUAUCAAUCCAAAUUGGGUAUAAAGGUAACUUUUCUACGUUUUAAGAUGGCUCACUACACCGUGAAAUAUUUUCUCAAAUCAGCAGAUAAUUACUUAAUUAUGAUAGAUAUCAUAAUGGAUAAGAAGUAUUUAAGUCUAAUGGGCAACAAAAUGUGCAAUUUUGGAUUUUUAAAAAAAUACAUUUUUAAAAAUUCAAUUCAGUUAAUAUGAACAAGAGCUCCAGACGCAUUCGAACUCAUGAUUUGCGGUUCAGAAGCCCAAUACUUUAACCACUUAGCUACGACGAUAUACAACACAAUCGAACGAUAUAAACAGUUUAACAAAACAUUUAAAUUGCCAUCUUGUGACGUAGUGCCUUAAAAAGUAUAAGCCUUAGUGUAGAUGUAGUGAGGUACCUUAAAAGUAUAUACUAUAUAGGUCGCCUUCCAUGUACAUCUAGCCUAACAGUAAACCAGGCAGUAAAGCCUAUACAUGUAGUUUAAAUAAACCAGGCAGUAAAGCCUAUACAUGUA